UGUAGAAAAUUUCAACCAUUUCUGGUUAUGGCCUAUUUUUUUUUUUUUUCACAUAAUACUUUUCUUACACUCAUCGCGCGCUACCAUUGCUACCAUAUGCCUUAUAACAUAUACCAUAUUACCAUCAAGUUAUAAGAUUCUUCUAAAAAAGUCUACCAAACUGAUUGAUUUCAACUAUAUGAAUAUCAAACAUCAACAAAAGAUAAACUAGUUACUAAGAUGUUACGGUAUACUAUCAAUAUCAACACUUCAACUAUCGCUCAUCUCAUCUACUACAAAAUUCUAGUCAUGUGAUUUGAAAAAUUUAAAAAUCGCUGCUUAAAAAAAUUGAAAAUUUAAACCCAUCUUAUACUAACCAACCAGUCCUUAGAUCUAUAUAUAUAUACUACAUCCACACAUAACCACUAUGAGAUCCUUAACAGAAGAAGAAACCAAAGUGGUGUUCGAGAAAUUAGCCAACUACAUAGGAAGAAACAUUACAUUUUUAAUUGAUAAUCCAACUGAUCCUCAUGUGUUCAGAUUACAAAAAGAUAGAGUUUAUUAUAUAAGUGAAAAAAUAUCAAAAUUUGCUACUUCAGUAAGCAGAACCCAGUUAAUGUCAGUGGGUGUUUGUUUUGGUAAAUUCACCAAGACUGGUAAAUUCAGAUUACACAUCACUGCUUUAACUUAUUUAAGUCAAUAUGCCAAAUAUAAGGUUUGGAUUAAACAAAAUGGUGAAAUGCCUUAUUUAUAUGGUAAUCAUGUCUUAAAGGCUCAUAUUGGAAGAAUGUCCGAUGAUAUUCCUGAACAUGCUGGGGUUAUAGUGUAUAGUAUGAAUGAUAUACCGUUAGGAUUUGGUGUUAGUGCCAAAUCAACUAACGAAGCAAGAAACUUACAACCAACUGCUAUAGUUGCAUUUAGACAAGGUGAUAUUGGAGAAUAUUUAAGAGAAGAAGAUACUUUAUUUACUUAGAUGGUAUCAUCAUUUUAUA